AUGCUUUCUUCGCGUCUUCUCCUAACUUUGAUUACAAUUGGUCUCGUUUUACCAUUUGCACAGAUUGUACGAGCAGCUGAUGAGGCUGAUGGAGAAGUAGAAGACGAAAAGGAAGAUACCGAAGACUCACAGCCUGCAGCUGUUGAUGAAAAGGCAGCCGAAGAAGAAACUGUACCAGUUAUUGGUCCUUCCCCUGAUGCUCAUGUCUUCUUUUUGUUUACGCAGCCCGAAAAUUCCAAAGAUCUUCCUGGCGGUAAACUCGUUAGAUUCUUGGCCGGAUUUCAGAAUUGGGGAGAGAAAGAUUUUAUAGUGAAUUACUGCGAAACCUCUUUCCGUUACCCUCAAGAUUACAGCUAUUAUGUUCAAAACUUUACGGCGCUGCAUUACAAUCGUCUGGUCGCCCCGAAACAAGAGGGUUCGUUUGACUACGCUUUCUUUCCUCCAGAGCAAUUUAUGGGACGCCCACUUGGGCUCGUAGUUGAAUUGCAUUACGAAGAUUCUGACGGCACAAAAUUUAUUUCAACGCUGUUCAAUGAGACUCUUACCAUUGUCGAAGAUGAUUCAAACUUCAACACUGAAACGGGUUUUCUAUAUGUUCUCUUAGCAGCUGCGGUCGUUCUCGUUCUUUUUGCUGGCCAGCAGUUUCUUUCCAAGUUAACUCGCCGACAUGGUAUGACGAAAAGCCGGCAAAAUCCUCCAAUAGAGAUGGGAACAAAAAAUGAGGAUGUUGAUUAUGAGUGGAUUCCAAGAACAGUCAUGAAUCAUAAAAACACCAGAUCACCAAAACAGGGUUCUCCAAAGCACAGGAAGCCUCGCAAUGAAAAUUGA